GCGUGGAUAAGAGCCGCACCGCGCUUGCGCGCCCAGCCCCACUGCUUCGACCUCUGCCGCCGCUGCCGCCGCCGCCGCCUCGGGAGAGAGGAAGCGGGAGAGGAGCCCACGUCGCCUGUCACCUUUAUCCACGCCGCGCCGCCAGGAAGAAAGAUGUUCGCCUGCGCCAAGCUCGCCCGCACCCCUGCUCUGAUCCGAGCUGGAACCAGAGUUGCAUAUAGACCAAUUUCUGCAUCAGUGUUAUCUCGACCAGAGACUAGGACUGGAGAGGGCUCUACAGUAUUUAAUGGGGCCCAGAAUGGUAUGUGUCAGCUGAUCCGAAGGGAGUUUCAGACCAGUGUAAUCAGCAGAGACAUUGAUACUGCUGCCAAAUUCAUUGGUGCAGGUGCUGCAACAGUAGGAGUUGCUGGUUCUGGUGCUGGUAUUGGAACAGUCUUUGGCAGUCUUAUCAUUGGAUAUGCCAGAAACCCUUCACUGAAGCAGCAGCUGUUCUCAUACGCUAUCCUGGGAUUUGCCUUGUCUGAAGCUAUGGGUCUCUUUUGUUUGAUGGUUGCGUUCUUGAUCUUGUUUGCCAUGUAACAGAAAUUACUGCCUGAAAUGUUGGCAUUCAUAGUAAUUACGGAUGUAAUUCUGUGUAUCUUGCUGUGACUCCGAAGACUAGUACUGGUGUCAUGGAAAUAUGUGUUAUUUCCAAAGUCAUUUCAUUAAAGAUGAAAACUUUAAUUUU